UCCUGAACAGCAGCACCUGAGUGUGUCUCCUCUGCGCCUCCCUCGUGCUCCUGUACUGCUCCCUGAGCAGAGAGAUGUCCAUGUUCCUCGUGCUGUCCUCCUCCUGCUCCUCCACGCGCCUCACCAACCGCUCCUUCUUCCGGCUCCCUGCAGGACACACGCGGACACACGUGACCUCUCACCUGCAGACACCUUUCCUUUCAUACCUGAGUCUUUAUUACGUGUUCGUGCCAGCAUCAUGGCCGCCGCUCAGGACUCUCCUCUCUAUCUGGGCUUUGACUUCAGCACGCAGCAGCUGAAGGUGGUGGUGAUGGAUGGGUACCUGAACGUGGUUCUCCAGAAUAACGUGGAGUUUGACUCCGAGCUCCCUGAGUUCAGGACUCAGGGAGGCGUUCACAUUCAUGCCGACAGACUGACUGUCACCUCACCUGUACUGAUGUGGGUGAAGGCUCUGGACCUGCUAUUGGACAAGAUGAAGGGUGUGGGGCUUGACUUCUCCCGUGUCAGAGCAUUGUCCGGCAGCGGCCAGCAACAUGGAAGUGUUUACUGGAGAGAAGGAGCAACUGAGACUCUGCAGCAGCUCCACCCGGAUCAGAACCUGCACCAGCUGCUGCAGGACAGUUUCUCAGUGUCGGACUCUCCGGUGUGGAUGGACUCCAGCAGCAGGCAGCAGUGUCAGGACCUGCAGGCAGCAGCAGGGGGAGCUCUGACGCUGGCACAGAUCACCGGCUCCAGAGCAUACGAGCGCUUCACAGGAAACCAGAUCGCCAAACUGAGACAAACCCGAGCAGAGGAGUACCGGCGCACUGAGAGGAUCUCAUUGGUCAGCAGCUUCGCAGCCUCUCUCUUCCUCGGUGGUUAUGCCUCCAUCGACUUCAGCGACGGUUCAGGGAUGAAUUUGUUGGACAUCAGGGCCAGAAGCUGGUCUAAGAUCUGCCUGGAGGCCACGGCUCCUGAUCUGGAGCGCCUGCUGGGAGCCCCCGUGCCCUCCACAUCCGUCCUGGGUCCCGUCUCUUCCUAUUUUGUGCAUCGAUAUGGUUUCUCUGAGAGCUGCAGAGUGGUGGCUUUCACCGGAGACAACCCAGCGUCUCUGGCAGGAAUGAGGCUCCAGCAGGGAGACAUCGCUGUGAGCCUGGGUACCAGUGACACCGUGUUUCUGUGGAUCCAGCAGCCUCACCCAGCGCUGGAGGGUCACGUCUUCUGUAAUCCCGUGGAUUGGGAGGCGUUCAUGGCUCUGCUGUGCUUUAAGAACGGGUCUCUGAUGAGGGAGCGCAUCAGGAACGAGUGCGCUGGAGAAUCAUGGGAACAUUUUUCCGCCGCCUUGAGAGACACACCGCUCGGAAACGAGGGAAACCUGGGCUUUUAUUUUGACACCAUCGAGAUCACACCUGCUGCAGUAGGAGUUCACCGCUUCGACCCGGAGGACAACAAGGUGUCCUCACUGAGUCCUCAGGUGGAGGUCCGGGCGCUGGUGGAGGGUCAGUUUCUGUCCCGGAGGCUCCACGCUGAGAGGCUGGGAUACUCCAUCAUCCCAGGAACCCGAGUGUUGGCAACAGGAGGAGCUUCAUCUAAUAAAGACAUUCUGCAGGUUCUAUCUGACGUGUUUAACGCUCCGGUUUACACCAUCGAUGUGUCCAACUCGGCCUGUCUGGGAUCAGCCUACAGAGCUCUGCACGGCCUCGCUGCAGAAUCUGGAGCGUCCUUCUCUGAUGUGGUGAAGAAAGCACCAGAACCACAACUGGUCACCACGCCGCACCCUGCAGCACAGGAGGUGUACGACAGGAUGCUGAAGCGCUACGCCCGAUUGGAGGAGAGCGUCCUGCAGGAGUCCCGCCCCUGAGCCACAGCCAAUCAGCUCCGUCGAUGACUUCCAGGAACUAAAAUACUGAAUAUGAUUUUAAAUAUUAGUUCUGCUAGUUCAUUUAAACAAUGACACUUUACUUUUCAGGAAUCAAUUGAAAAUAUAAUUGAACUAAAAAUAUAAUCAGCCAUCAAAUUAAUAUAGAAUAAUAUA